CAGGUCGGGGAAGAGUCAAAGGGAUGAGGGGUUGCGCGCGGCGCCAUGUUCCCCUCAAUGCUGCGCAGCUUUUCAUGUUAUCGAUUGUUUAAUUCUCCUCGGUACCUCUCUAAAGCGGGACGUAUCGCUUGUUUAGUGAAUACAGUGAAAAUAAUUAACGAAAUGGCAAAAAAACUAAGUCCAGAAGAGAACUACUGGACUCCGUUCCAACAAGACGUGCUGAAGAUGGUGCAGCGCCACCCGGUUACGUACAUCAGGGACAUUAUGAUGACCCCGACCCAAUACAAGGCCGCCGUGACGACAGCGUGGGAGCGUAUUUCCCGCGACAUCCAUAUGCCCCAGAAAGCAUGCAAGCAGGAAUGGACCAGCAUCAAGCUGAGGUACGCCAAGCUGAACAACCUGAUCCGCUUCGGGAAAGUGACGGAGGAGGUGAUCUCGAUGCACCCUAAGACGAGCAAGUACAUGGAUGGAUCUCUGGAGUUCAUGGACGCUUACAUUUACGAGAUCAAUGAUGAUGACAUACCUCCACACAUUCAUAAGCGCUUCAACAAGUUAUUCGGAGUGACCGCCAAGCAGGUCGUCACCAAAGAGAUGGUACAGGCAUUGUUAAAAAACCGCACGCAAGAGGAAGAGCCGAACGAUGAAAUGGGGAAGAUGCAUGUGCAAAAUCUGAUGAAUAUCGUGGAGGAUGCUGUGGAAAAGUCCCUCAGGGAGAUGAACACGUCUGAUGAGCAGCCGGAGCAGCGUACUGCUGGUUAGGCUUGCUAGCCAGUGCUAUGUGUAACGCGUUACACAUUCAAUAUGUAUCUCACAAUUACAUACAUCACAAUAAUUCAUUUAAUUACUCGUCGUAUUUAAAUUUAUUGAUGUGAUGGUUUGAAUAUUCAAUGUUUGUAACUAUUGACGAAAAUGUCUUUUGGAAGACUGUUUGGAACUGGAAGACAAUCAGACAUAUAUUAGGAAAGAGGAAGUUUUGGAUUGGUAGAAGUUUGGAGAGGACGGUGGAGACGGAUGGUGCAGGCGGUUAUACCGAAGGAACAAAAAGACAAAAAAUACUGGAAAUGAAGUGGACUGAUUAUGGGAAAGCCAAAUUUGAAAUUUUAAGUGUUAGUUGUAGUUCUAUUUAACGUAAAUACGAUAAUUGUAACACCGUCAAUGUGUGUGAACCAAUGAUGUUGUAGAUGUACUCGUAUGCAUUUAAAAUAAAGUAUCAAUUUUUCUCUUAACGAAAA